GUGCUCUGGAGUCGCGCAUGCGCUGUGAGAGUAUAAUCUUGUCCUGGCGCAGCAGAGGAGAAUGGAUGCUCCGGUUGUGACUCUACAUUUACAGACUUGACGGACAGCUGUUUUUUCACGCUCGACAUGGGAAAAGGUUGUAAAGUUGUGGUGUGUGGCCAGACUGCAGUAGGAAAAACUGCCAUUCUGGAGCAGCUACUGUACGGAAAUCACACCGUAGGCUCAGAGUCCAGUGAGACGCAGGAGGAUGUGUAUGUGGCCUCAGUGGAAACUGACCGAGGUGUGAAGGAACAGCUGAGGUUGUAUGACACCAAAGGACUUAAUGAUGGACAAGAUCUCCCCAAGCACUACUACUCAGUGGCAGAUGGCUUUGUUCUCAUUUACAGCAUUGAUAGCAUGGAGUCUUUCAAGAGGGUGGACAUUCUAAAGAAGGAAAUAGACAAAUCCAGAGAUAAAAAAGAGGUGACAGUCAUAGUGCUGGGGAAUAAAACGGACCUGCGGGAGCGUCGGCAGGUGGACCAGGACGCAGCGCAGCAGUGGGCUCGAGGGGAAAAGGUGAAGCUGUGGGAGGUGAGCGUCACCGAGCGCAACUCUCUCAUCGAACCCUUCACCCAGCUGACCAGCCGCCUCACUCAGCCUCAGAGCAAGUCUGCCUUCCCUCUGCCUGGACGCAAAAACAAAGGCACCACAUCCAACGACAUCUAACACUCCACUCCUUCCUGCGUUCACCUCAUGUGGGAACAACGUGGAUUGGCCUUCAGUUUAGCAACAUGGCUGCAGUUGCAUCUCUAUACAUGUGCUCAGCUUCCAUACAUUCAUUCACUUAUAUGUCAGCGCAAUGUCUGUGGGUUCAGUACAGACUUGAAGUCAGGAUGUGUUUAGCCUAGCUUAGCUUAGCAUGAAGACAGGAAGCAGGGGAAACGACUAGCCUUGCUCUGUCCAAGCUUCAAACCCCACAUAACUAAAGCUGACUAAUUAAUCUUGUAUAUCUGUUUUUUUAAAUGCGUGACAACAACAAGUUAUCCAUCCACUCUGCAAACUCACCGACACGAGACUUCAGAAAGCUGCACUUGGCUGCUGUUUAUGGAGACAUCAGAAAGUUGUGCUUUUAAAGUUAGACAUUGUAAGAAUUUCUUUGCAUUCAGCAGCGUGAUAUUCGUGAUAAUAGCGUGCAGCUUCCUGGAGUCUUGUCAUAUCAUUGAAGGUGCCAGGUUUGAGCGUUGUGACACUAAAACAAUGUAAUCAAACAAUACAAUUUGAGUGCCAAUCAGUGAGGUCAGCAGUAAAGGUGGAACUGUACUGAUGGCAUUAUAUUCCAUUUAUUUUGUCUUUUCUGUUUAUAUACACAAGGCAGUUGGAAUACUAACAGCUCCUCUAAAUAUAAUGCAGCUCCGUACAGUAACAUCACGAUGAGCUCGAUGCUAAAAAUAUAAUUUGUCAGAGAAAAAUAGUCAAAAUAAAUACUUAUUGGCAGAAUUUGUAGAUUUCAUUCAACUACAUAGUGAAUGUAGAACUGCCCUACAAACCACUAGUUCUUGCUUAUACUUCUCUGUGUAUGUAUGGGAUAAACAGACACAGUAGAGGUGAAAAACUCAGAACUUUGCUAGUUGUUUCCCCCCCACUUCCAGUCUUUAUGCUAAUACAGCCUAACAAUGUAGUGCCACAAGAUCUGUACAUGACACACACGCAUGAGAUCAUUAUAUUAAUCUCCUUAUCUCACUCUGGGACAGAAUUUUAAUUAUUUUUUGUUUAAAUGCAGAACAUGUAUACGUUAACUUUUAUUCGCAACACUGUGUCUGCUACAAAUCAGAAAUCCAAAUCUCUCCAGUCACGUGGAAGGAUCUGUAUGUGCGUGCAAUUGGUUGUUUUGCAUGGAAAGAACAGUCUGUAAAAAUGUAGCAGGGGCAAGCAAUGUAGCACCAAAGAUCUGAGAUAACCUGAACACACGUCUUGUUGAUUUACAGUUAAAGUUCCCUGUUCUGUUCUCUUAAAGUAUAUCAUUCAAGUCUGUCUUUUGUUAGUACAGCGCUGCCGUGCCUAGAUUUACAUUUCAAGAUUUAUUGGUUGUCAGAUUUCAAAAAUCUAAAGCUUCAAUCUGCGCCGUCUUUUCCCCAUCUGAUGUGAACGCAGCAAUCGUUUGUCCUCUAGCAGGACUCAGCUAGCCUUUGUCCAGUCCAUCUCAUAUAUCAAGUAUGGCCUGGCAGCAAUAAUCAUGGUACUGCCUUUACUUGUGAUGUAUGAUUUCAUAAUGUGUGUGUGGCGUUAGUUGCACUCCUGUGUCUUGUUCAGCCUGUAUAAUUCAGUAGGACUGCUAGUUUAAAGCUGUGUUUGUGUCAGCCUUUCUAACAGUAGAAGUGUGUUGAGAGGAAAUAUUUAUUUUUUAACUAAUUUAUUUUUGUCACUUUAAUGAGCCACAUUCCUUGACUUGUGAAAAUGGUGACAGGGUGAAGGAUGAUCUGCGCUGUUUUCUGUGUCGUUAAUGUUUCGAGAGUAAUAAUCUUACAUGUGCUGCUAGUAGAACAGAGGUAGUGAGGUAAUUAUGCUACCCCUAAAUUAUUCUCUGCCCUGUAACAGUCUUAAGAUGCACUGAAUAAAAUGUAGCCUCUUCGUAUUAAAGACUCCGUGAUUGAACGCA